ACUGAUAAAACAAUCGAUCAAAUACGAUCUAGUCGCUUCCACUAUGAUAUGAAUGUUAUGGCAGAAAUGAAAUAUUGAACUUCAAUAUCAAACUGUGUGUAAGUGUAUGGCGAUAACUAAUUCUGAGAAGGAAGCCCCAAUUUUUGACGUGGAAUUUCGAAAUCUUGGAUUACCUAUGUCCUGAAGACUGAUUGGAAUUUAUCGACUAGUAAUGGAUACAGACUGGACCACUAUAGAGGGUGCAGGAAGGAAAAGAGAAUGUAUAAAGCAAAAUCCAAGAUACUACUACAAAAGGCAUCACAAGAAACAUGAUGAGGAAACUAAAGAGAACGUUGGACCAGGCAUUUCCAAAAGAGAGGAGGAUAAUUUGGCUUUGAAAAUUCAUGGUUUGUACUACGAAAGUGAUAAUAAUUCAAGCGACAGUGGAAAAAGCAGUUUUGACGAGGAAUAUUAUAAAUACAAACCGCAACCAAUAGAGAUAAAUUCAAGCCAAGUAGUGGUUAUUCGGAACAAGAAUAUUAUCAAAGAGCAAGGUAAUAGAAAUAAAACGAAUCAUAAUGUGAAACAUCCAAAAAAAAAACGUGGGAUUCCAAAUAAAGGAAGGAAUAUCAAGAGCAAUCACAAGAAAGGCACUCCAAGAAUAGCCGUUAAUGAAGGAGCAUUUGAAGUCAACAAAAAUAUGGGAAAAGGAAGCACAUCGAAGAAACCCAUUUUCAUCAUAUCUGAUAAGUGCGACUCAACUAUACCUACUUCAAACGCUGGUAAUUUUGUUGAUCAAAAUCAAUCCGUAUCCAGCUCAUUCUGGAACAAUAGCGUUGAGGAGCCAAAGAUAUCAGAAACCCAAUAUGAUUCGACCUUGACCAAGUCUACUAUGUUUUUUUCUGCGCAGCACCAAAGUAAUAAUAAAACAACUCCGAUGGAUUCAGACUAUCCACGAAGAGACAAGAAAUUACGGAGAGAAAUGCUAAAAACGCCCCUGGUGAAUUCUGUUCAGCAACAUCUGGUGAAUUAUGUUUCAAACGAGGGAAAAAUAUAUAAUGAUACACAUAACAGGUUUUCAAAUAAUUUUAACGAAGCACUUAAUCAUCUAGUGCAGCACCAAAGUAUAAAUAAAACGACUCCGAUGGAUUCAGAAUACCCGCGAAGAGACAAAGAAUUACGGACAGAAAUGCCAAAAACGCCCCUGGUGAAUUCUGUUCAGCAACAUCUGGUGAAUUAUGUUCCAAAUGAGGGAAAAAUUUAUAAUGAUACACAUAACAGGUUUUCAAAUAAUUUUAACGAAGCACUUAACCAUCUAGUGCAGCACCAAAGUAUAAAUAAAACAACUCCGAUGGAUUCAGAAUACCUGCGAAGAGACAAAGAAGUACGGACAGAAAUGCCAAAAACGCCCCUGGUGAAUUCUGUUCAGCAACAUCUGGUGAAUUAUGUAUCAAAUGAGGGAAAAAUUUAUAAUGAUACACAUAAUAGGUUUUCAAAUAAUUUUAACGAAGCACUCAACCAUCUAGUGCAGCACCAAAGUAUAAAUAAAACGACUCCGAUGGAUGCAGAAUAUCUGCGAAUAGACAAGGAAUUACGAACAGAAAUGCCAAAAACGCCCCUGGUGAAUUCUGUUCAGCAACAUCUGGUGAAUUAUGUUCCAAAUGAGGGAAACAUUUAUAAUGAUACACAUAACAGGUUUUCAAAUGAUUUAAACGAAGCAGUCAACCAUCUAAUGCACAUUUACGCGGAACCAAACCAUUCGAAGCAUAUCCAGGUAGCAUCAAAUCGAGAACAGAAGAUAUUAGAAGAUGCUUCGAAAAAACAACCGGAUCCUAAGACACCAGAAACACAAAAGAACACUUUUUUGAGAUUUGGCAGUAAUGAGUCAUCAAAUUCUUCCUCCAAUUACUCAGAAACAGUUGUAGAGAAUUCUGCAAAGGAAAAAAUUGAUAUCGCAAGAGCACACGUGAAUAAAAUAGAAGUUGAAAAAGAAAAUUAUCCAUGGGUUGCUAAAGAGUAUACUAUUAGAGAUGUGUGGAAGACUCCUAAAGACCAGGAGAUCAAACCAGCGACUCCUAAAUUAGAAAGUUACAAUGAAAUUGUACCGAGGAAUGAUAUUUUGAUAAGUAACAAUAAGACCAUCAUGCGACAUCCGCAGAACCCUCAAAACGAAACGGCGAACAACUUAUUGUAUGCACUUGAUGAAGAUGAACCGCGUCACUCUCCAGCAGAGUUUUCAAAAGUUUAUGUGCCAACAGCUCGAAAACAACCAGGAUGCAAUAGAACAGAAGAUAAAAAUAAUCCUUGGGUUGCUGAAGAAAAUAGCAGUAUGGGCAUGUCAAAAACUCGCAAAGAUCCGCAGAUAAAACCAGGAACCCCUAUAUUGGAAAGUAACACACGGAUUGUACCGAAGAAUGAUAUUUCGACAAGCAGUAUUGAGGCGAUCGUGCAACAACCACAGAACCCUCUAAAUGAAAGGAGCGACAAUCUCUCCCCGAUCAUGAGAAACGAAGUUAGUGAACCAUCGAUAGCACAAGAGGACGACAUUAACUUACUGGCAGGUGUAAGAAAAGGAGGGUUGUUGGCAGCUUUGAGCCUACUGUGCUGUUGUUGCAGUAAAGUACAUAUUGGUUGAAAUUUCGAACGGAAUGCGAGGUCUUUGCAAAAAAGGUGAAUUUUCAUUUUUCUCAGAAAGUAUCAUCAAUUUCUCGUUUGUUGUCCUCAGAAUAGCCACCCUCAGACAUAAUACACUUAUGACAGCAUAUAUCCAUGAUUCGUCACUAGUUAUGAUUCUUUUGAGCAAAUCUGAAUCACCGAUGAAGUCCAAAAUUUACUAA